AAGAACGGCCUUGCCGCCCCAAAGUAUCUCACAAAUGUAUCUCUCACAUGUAUCUCGGCCUCGCGGAAGGAAACAACAGACAACGGAAAGAAAAAUAGUGUCGAGUUUUGUUUCUGAACUCAGAAAAGUCCGUUGAUAUAUCCCACAAAAAUAUCCAUUGAUAUAUUGGCAAACGAAAUAUAUUAUCAAACAAAAAAAUAUAUACAUAUACCAAUUGAACAUACCUACAGCGCGCUUUGAUAUCGCUCCACCGCUGUCGUCGUCAGGUUGUUGGGGCUCCACCACGCACACGUUUAGAAUCGGUGUAUCGGAACGGGCCGUUCGUUCGGUCUCCACACACUCAUACAGCUGCAGCGAUACAUACAUACACACGGUUGUGAUUUGGCGCGGACCUGUAUGCGUGAUGAAUGUGAAGCCUACAACAAAAUAAAAGAAAUCAGAGUAAAAGAAAACAGAAUACAAAACACACAGAAAACAGUGAAACAGUAAAACAUUGAAUAUUCCAUUUUUGUUAAGUUCUUAAAUGAAACAAAACUAAAGUCUCUUUUGGAUUUCCCGUAUUUUUUUUCGUGUGUGUGAGUGUGUUUGUGUGCGGAAGCAAACCAGAAAGGGGAACAGCAACAAAAGCAAAGCAGCAGAAGAAGAAGAAAGAACCAGAAAGAAAGAAAAAAAUGUGCGGCAGUUCGAAGAAGAAGCCAAAGCAGAUGAUGUAAACUUUGUUGUAACCAAAACUUGGACAGAGAGCGGGAAAGCGAAAGAGAGAGAGAGAGAGAGAGUGAGAAACGAACUCUAGAAAAGAACACUCAGACGGAUUUGUCUUCCCCCCACCUACUACUACUGCACCUACUACUCCUCCAUCGACUUCAAUUUUUUUUUGUGAGAGUGCAAGUGUGUGAGAAAGAGAGCUUUCUACAAUGCCAGAAACGGAGCACGAAAGCUGCAGCAAAGAGUGGCUCCAGGUCCAGCUGCGCUCUCUGGACGCCAAGGAGCUGAUCCUGCUCGACUGCCGCGGCUCCCACGAGUACAGCGAAUCGCAUAUCCGUGGCGCCGUCAAUCUGUGCAUUCCCAGCAUUGUGCUGCGGCGCCUGGCCACCGGCAAGAUCGAUCUGGCCUCCACCAUCAAGUCGCCGGAUCUGAAGGAUCGCAUCCAGACGGGCUACAAGCUCUGCCUCUUCAUUCUCUACAACGGCGAGGGCGUGGCCGGACAGCAGGAUGUGGCCGGAGCCGGGAUGGGGGCCAACGAUUCGAUUAUCAAUAUCUUGCACCGCCGCCUCAAGCAGGACGGAUGUCGCGUGGUCGCACUGCAAGAUGGCUUUUCCAGUUUUCGCUUAGCAUUUCCGGAAUGGUGCGAGGAUGACAGCCAGGCGCAGAACAAAGAGAUGGAAUCUAGUCGCAAUGUCCAGACCGAUCAGUUAAUGGGCCUCAGAUCCCUACGCAUUUCCACACCGCAUUCCGAUUCCGCCUGCAGCAGUUCGGCCGAGUCCUCGGACUGUGAGAGCACCACCCAUCAUCAUCAUCACCAUCAUCAUCAUCAUCAUAGCUAUAAUGAGGCGCCCGUGGAGAUAAUACCAGGCCUUCUGUUCCUGGGCAAUGUCACCCACAGCGGCGACUCGAAGGCAUUGCAAAAGUACAACAUUAAGUAUGUGUUGAAUGUGACACCGGAUUUGCCGAACGAGUUUGAAAAAUCGGGCAUCAUCAAGUAUCUGCAAAUACCGAUUACCGAUCAUUAUUCACAGGACUUGGCCAUGCAUUUCCCAGAUGCCAUACAGUUUAUAGAGGAAGCGCGCUCUGCGAACUCGGCGGUGCUGGUCCACUGCCUGGCUGGCGUUUCGCGCUCGGUGACCGUGACGCUCGCCUAUUUGAUGCACACGCGCGGCCUCAGCCUCAACGACGCCUUCAUGAUGGUGCGCGACAGGAAGCCGGAUGUCUCGCCCAAUUUCCAUUUCAUGCAGCAGCUGCAGUCCUUUGAAAGUCAGCUGCGACUCAGUCCUGGCGAUGGCCAGCCCAUGGACGAGGGCAACUGCGGCGGCAUGAUGGGUGGCAUGGGGGGACCCCCGGUGGGCUUGGGCCUGGCUCCCGUUGGCAGCUCUGUCUCGAAUUCGGUAUUGAUGGCCAAUCCCAGUGUGGUUGCCUCCCGUUGCGGCGGUCGCGGCUCCAAGUUCUCGUGCAACUGCAUUGCUGCCGACUGCAAGUGCAUGCAGACCGGCGGCUUUAUGGCUGCCCAUUUGGCCAAGGCCACUGGUGUAUCGCCGGACUCGGGCAUUGAGUUUGAUCGCUGGACACCAUCCUCGGACACGGGUCUCAAAUGAGACCAGCUGCUGGGUGGGAAGAGUUUUGUGCUGCCGCCAAGUCAGGAGAUUCUAUUAGGAGGAGCAGGAGCAGGAGCAGGAGCCGUUGCAGCCACAUCGCCACCGCCAUGCUGCAUCUAUCUGUCGGCCAGCGACAACAUGUCGCCGGCCAGCACCACCAGCUCAUCCACAUCGACCACAACCACCGCGGAGGCGGUGUCUGUGGUGGAGGUGGUGCAGCGGGACGAUCAGAUGCAGCUGGAAAUGAUGGCCGACGAGGAGCAGCUACAGGAGGAACAAGAUGCUGCACAAGAUGCUGCUCCUAAUGGGAAUGCGUUCUAGGAUGCGUUCUUGACGAAAAGAAAAUAGACAAAGCGUUUUCCUACACACACACACACACACCUACAAACACAUACAUAUGAGCAGCCUAUAUAAAUGGGGGUAAACUCCUUCAAAUGCCACUUGGAUACGAAAUAAAAACAAAGAAUAUCUCCCCGUCUUUGACGACAUUGAAGCAUCCAAGUGAAAGAAUACCCAUAAAAAAUAACUAGAAUUAAUAUUAAUAAUAUACGUAUAUAUUAAUAAUAAAUUUAAUAUUUGGUACAUUUCUAAGGUCUAAAUGCAGCAAAAUAAUGUCUUGCAACAAACAAACAAAAUCCAAUGUUAUCCACACAACACACACACAAACACAGACACACAGAAAGAGUAAAAAAUAUAUAAAAUAUAUUUAUAUAUGUAUACUAUACACCCCACCCCCACCCCAUUGUACAUGUUUGUAUUUAACUCCUAAGCCAAGUCAAAA